GAAACUUACAAUUAAGAAAGAUAGUUUAACGUUUAGUUGCUGUUGUUCAAGAAAAGAUACUAAUUGAUUCCAAAUAGACUGGCUGUGUUUGCACUCCCAAAAAAGAUGUUCUAUAGUUUCGAUGUUUUCACCGCAGAAGUCGCACAGAUUUGAGUUAGAUAAUUUGCAUUUAAAGAGAUAUUUAUUUGUAGCUAUAAUUCUAUGGAUGUAUUUAUAUUGAAAAAUUUUCAGUGUGCUUUCAAUAGUUGCGUUAUAUGGCAUGGUAAAUAUGUGUUUCCAAUUAAGUUCAUGUUCUCCGAAAAGGACUUGCCAUUUAUUUUGGGUUUUGGAGUUUUCUGUAGGGUUUUUAAUUUGUAGUGUGUAAAAUAUUUUAUUCGUUUUGUUUUUUCUUCCAAGUAUGUUUUCUACGAAUGUUGUUUGAGUACAUGGUGUAUUAUUUGUAUUGAUUUCAGAUUUAAUAUGUAUGGGUAUGCUUUUGAUAAGUGUGUAGUACUUCAGAAAAUUAUUUGAAGGUAUUCCGUAUAUGUAGCAUAUAUCAUCAAAAGAGUAGAAAUCCUUUAUUCUGUAGUCAUAUAAUUGGUCGACAUAUUUAAUGCUUCGUUCAAACCAAUCUUUAUAGAAAAACGUCUUAUUGUUUGAAGUUGUGUCUUUUUGUUCCAUAAAAUAGUUUUACUGCUGGUUUGGGUUUUUAGGUUAUGAGUGACAUCACUCCGUGCUGAUAAAACAUCAGACAGAAAUAUGUUUUCGUUUGCAAUUUCAUGUAAGAUAGUAUUGCUGACGCAGCACUGCCGUAACAUACAGUAUAUAUAAUGUCGAGUAACAUACAGGCAAAUCGAGACGCCGCAUGUUUGUUUAUGUCGGUUUUUUACGAAGGAACUAAUCGAGAAUGCGUGAUUGAGUCUUAACAUUGUAUUGUGUUAAUAUAUAUGAUGUAGGUGUUAUUCCUUUUCUUCAUAAGUUUGCGACUUAACAGUCAGGGUUGGAACUCCUGAGGAAGAAUGUGUUAUCAUUUCAGGCAAAAAACAGUGUAAUAUUUUUAACAUAACAUGUGGAGACCGAUUCAUUAUGGUGACACAAUUUUUAUUCGCAAAAACUAACAAUGAAAAUGGUAACACAUGUCCAAAGUGUUUGGUCCAGCGAAACAAACAACUCCUCAACGUAUCAGGUGGUAGCUAUGAUUUCUACAUGAACAUUUUACUGGAAAGGAUUUCCUUUUGGAAUUGGUGUUUGUUGUGGCCAUUAAUCGAACCGACGGCUCCUUUUAUCAUCAGCAUUAAAUAUAUGUGUGUACCAGGUACGUGUAAAACGAUAUUGUCUGGCUUUAUAAUACACACGUACGUCAAUAUUUGUCUACAUUAUUAUUUAUCAAGUUGACACCGACUUGAGAAUAAUUACCAACUUUUGUUUUCAGAUAUAAGCAUUCUUUACGCUUGUGGCGGCCAAUCAUAUGCUCUGAAUAUCGGCCAACAAAUACACAUUGUCGAAAGAAGUUAUAUCAAACAUAAUUAUAAAGUAUGCAGUUGUAUAAUUCAAGGAUCGACGGAACUGAAAAUUCAAGAUUAUUUCACACGUUUUGCAAAGACAAUUGAUGGACCGUAUACGCUAUCUAACAGUCUCCUGUGGCUUAGUGACGUAGUCUACGACAAGUCAAAUAAUUCCAACAUCCUUCAUAGCGAUUAUGAUCAUGCGAAUGUCUCAUUUCUUAUGAUUAUUUUUGAUAACAACUUCCGACGCCUUUGGUUGAGUGUAAACGUAAAAGGCAAUGAUACUAAAAUAUCGUGCAAAGACUCUGAGUUGUUGACGACCAAACACCCACACUACUGCCAAUAUAUGAAACCGAAAUGGGAUCAUCCACCCUUGCGGUUUCGUCUACCACGGUCACUUACACAGAGACACGGACAAAUGCAAGCUCCAAAUACAACACUUCAACAUUUGAGGCAGUAGGUGGUGGUUCAUCCGUGAUUUUAUUCGUAACCGGUGGAUCGUUUGCCUUCGUCUUCGUGUUAGUAAUCACUGGCAUAGUAGUCGCUAGACGUAGAAGGUCUGCCUCGGGGUCGAUGUCAGAGCAAACUGGCUCAUCGAAAUCAAAAGUUAAACUCGCAGAUGACGAAGAAGUUUACAGCUCCAAUGUCUUCAAAUCAACCGAUGACUGUGUGACUUUGUCGAAGCAUUGUAAGACUUACACUAUAAAUUGCAAAGUUGGAUUCAUGAUUGUUACACGUAUACUGUUUGAAACCACGAGCAAUAGCAAAAGCCAAUGUACGGACUGUUUGGGAACUUUUCGCAGCCAAACUAAUGACAUAACCAAUGGUAUAUAUGGUGGAUACAUCAAUGAUAUACUCCAGACAUGUUCCUUUCAACAAUCGUGUAUAUUGCGGCAUUACGAAAUGGAUCCACUAAAAAUCGGUGUUCGAUUCAAGUGCAUUUUAGGACAAAUCAUCACAGAUCCUUGUGGAGUUAACGUUUAUGUACUUAACAGCGAUGACCUACAUCAUAUUGUUAUGAUGCGUUCAUCAGAGAACGGAACAUGCAGAUGUGUGAUCAAUGGAUCGACAGAACUGACUGUUCAAGACUUCUUCACAAACUUUUGUCAUGGCAAAAUUGCCGCUUGUCAUGUUUCAAACAGUGUAUUAAUGUUGGAUAAUUUAGUGUUCAAUAAACUUAAUAGUACAAACAUCAUUUAUUGCGGCAAUUCAUAUGGGGAUAUUUCGAAUAUCACCCUCCAUUUCGACGAGAUCUUUCAACGUCUUUUGUUGAGUAUUAACGUAACAGCAAAUUCUUCCACAACGCUUGCUGGUCCGGAUCUUAUCAUAAAUGCAACCACCAUUUAUAAUAAUGCAACCGACGCAAGUGGUACCUCUGUUGCGACUAACACCGAACCGACAUCACAGUCAGUGCUACACUCGACUUCAAAUGGAAAAUAUCCCGCAUCAUCCGGUUAUCGGAACACAACCUAUGAGAAAGCAAAGACGAGUUUAUCGGUCAUCGUGUACGUUGCAUCUGCAUCAUCUUUUGUCGUCGCCGCAUUGAUUGUUGUUGGUAGUAUAUUAGUCAUCAGGUAUAAACGAAUAAACAGGACAUUAAAAUCGACCAAAGUAACUGCAAAUAACGUUAACAGAGUAAGACGGCGUUCGCGUAGUGAAUACAUAGCUAUGCAAGGCAAUGUCGAUAACGACCACGAUUGUCAGACAUUGCCCCACAGACCUCACAUCACAAAGGGGAGCGUGAAAUAUGCAGUUGCUGUACCACCAGGCACGUACAACUACGCGCUCACACAAUACGACAGAGAUGCCUCGCAAAAGUUCAGGUCGAAGGUAGAGGAAUACGGUCGACGGUCCUUGUUCAUAUGAAAGAGGCAUUCGUGGUGCUGAGGUUGAUACGUUCACGGAACAAUCAAUGCAUGUCUACAAUCACAUAAUGUUCGGAGCAAGUGCGGAUGAUCACGACAGUGGCUUGAUAUGCAAUGAUGAGUACUCGCAUAUUUCGAUUGAUGACGCCAAUGCGUUGAGAAAAUAUAUUAGCAAAAUAAAUGCAAUUAGAUCUGAACAGGCCGAUGAUUAUAGUCAAGUCGGACCAAAUGAUGCUAACAUGCAUGUACAUGUGCCUCGAGAUGAUUACAACCAUAUUCUUUUGUAACAUUAAUACGUGAGCAACUCCCUGCAUUCAUCUUAAAUAUGAUUGGAAUAGCAUUUUGCUGAAAAUUCCUUGUUCGGAAAAAAGUGACGUCAAUCGAGUGAUUGAUUGCUCUAGUUUUAUCGUUUUUAUACACAAAAUAUUAGCAUAUGAAUCUACAAGUCAAUGUUCCCAUAUAAAUAUUAAGACUCAAUAAGCUAAUUUUACACCUACAGUUUUACAAGAAUGUAGUAAUUUACUAAGCUUGGAGAUUAAAAUGAACAGACUAAGUACAUAUGUACAUGUAGUAUUUCGUAUUUGCUCAUUUUGUAACAUUGUUGUAAUGCUACGUUAUAUAUGUUUAACUCGUUUUUCAAUUCAUUUGAUAAUAUUAGACUACCCAUUAAAAAACCAUACAUUGUA